CUGCUUACAAUACACAUUCUAUUUAUAUGAUUAUGUUGUUCUUUAAAUUGUUGUGAACUUGGUGAAAUAUAAGGUGAUUUUGACUGUUUCUCUUCUGGUGGGGAUGGCGUUGAAGUUUUCUCGUCCAUUAGAUUGACUUCUGUUGGUAUUGUCUGUGUAAUUUUCUCUGUCGAUAUGGGUUUAUGACUGUUAUUUCCACAUUUUUGACCCAUAUCUGAUAUGGUGCUUUUUAAUUCACUGUUUUCUAAAGCUAGGUGCUUUAUUGCUCCUUGCGCUUCGGAUAAUUCAUUUUUUAGAAUUAGUAUUUCAUUUCUGAGCUCUCUUAGUUGUAGUUGUAGAUUACAUUCUUCCUCUGACAUGCAUGGUAAACUACUAGUGGUGCCAUCUAGUAUAGAAUUAUCGGAACUAAUAUUGGAAUCUUCAAAUUUACUUUUAUUUGUGAUUGAAGGUGAUUGUGACCGUCGAGUUUUCUUUCGAAACGUUAUAUUACUUAGAAAAUCCAUAUUUAAUGAUGAAAAAGUGACUUGUGCUUAGGCUGGGAUCGAACUCGCAACCACGGUGGCUCUGUAUGCGCACAAAAAGAAGCGUCUGUCGUAACACGGCCACCAGUA